UGAAAAACGCUCGAGAAAAGAAAAACAUUGUAUCAUAAAAUCAUAAAACAAAACCCGAGGCCAAACAGAGCAAAGAGUGGUGGAGGAGAGGCGCCGAUUCAGGAUUACAGAGAGAAGGAGGAGGAUGCACUUUGGCCAGGAGACGAGGCCAUCAUUGGGGCUGCUCCUGGCGGUUGAGGUUGCUCUGGCUAAACGGUCGCCGAAGGCCAGAAGAACGGCAAGUUGAUGUUGCUGCCAUCUUGGCAUCUAAUUGGGGCCCUCCUCGUGCUCACGGCCACAGCGGGGGACGCCACCAACAACAAGAUCAUCUUGCCACAGAUACUGAACGGUGGCGGAGACGCCCCUGGCAAGCAUCCAUCCGGAGCCAAGACAGCGAACGGUGCCACAAAUGGCGGCGGAGGCGGGGCAGUCGGUGUCGCCACAGGAACUGGCAAUACGGUGGUCGGAAGCAAUGGCGUGAUUGUUGCCGGUGGCGGAGUUGUGGCCAAUGGCCCAACCACGAAUUUAAACACUGUUGUCGAAGAACCCGAAUUUACUGAAUACAUCGAAAAUGUAACUGUACCUGCCGGACGUAAUGUUAAGCUCGGAUGCUCCGUUAAGAAUCUGGGAUCAUAUAAGGUAGCAUGGAUGCACUUUGAGCAGAGCGCUAUCCUUACCGUUCACAAUCACGUGAUCACGCGGAACCCACGGAUCAGUGUCACGCACGACAAGCACGACAGGCAUCGCACGUGGUAUCUGCACAUCAACAAUGUCCACGAGGAGGACAAGGGACGCUACAUGUGCCAGAUCAAUACGGUGACGGCCAAAACGCAGUUUGGCUACCUCAAUGUUGUGGUUCCCCCCAACAUUGAUGAUUCGCUGAGCUCCAGCGAUGUGAUUGUCCGCGAGGGCGCCAACAUUUCGCUGAGGUGUCGGGCGAGUGGUAGCCCGAGACCCAUUAUCAAAUGGAAACGGGACGAUAACUCCCGUAUAGCCAUCAAUAAGAAUCACAUAGUAAACGAAUGGGAGGGCGAUACUUUGGAGAUAACUCGCAUCUCCCGUUUGGAUAUGGGCGCCUACCUGUGCAUCGCCUCGAAUGGCGUGCCCCCAACGGUUUCGAAGCGCAUCAAAGUCAGUGUCGACUUCCCCCCAAUGCUGCUCAUUCCCCAUCAAUUGGUUGGCGCACCAGAAGGUUUCAAUGUCACCAUCGAAUGUUUUACGGAGGCGCAUCCCACAUCACUCAAUUAUUGGACACGCGGCGAGGGACCAAUCAUACACGAUUCGCACAAGUACAAAGUUGAAUCAAGUGUAGGCGUGCCUGCCUACAAGACCCACAUGAAGCUAACGAUCAUAAGUGUCAGCAGCGGCGACGAUGGCAUCUACAAAUGUGUGGCCAAGAAUCCCAGAGGAGAGACAGAUGGCAUUAUCCGAUUGUAUGUCUCCUAUCCACCAACGACCGUAUCAUCGGGCACAACCGAUUCCCAUUGGGAGAGGGAAAAUGGCAUCAAUGGAAACAAUUACGCCUAUGGCGGAUCCGAUGGCCAACGCUCUAGUUAUGGCCAAGACAAAAAUACGAGAUAUCAAUCGAAUUUGAAUGAAAUCGGUUUAUCUGAACAAAAAUCCUUCCUAGAUAAGACCCAAAAUCCAUUGGCGGCCAAUGGAAAUGGCAAUGCGAAUGAUCCAGAGGACUCCGAGGCCAACAGGGGAGCGAAUUCUUCCAAGGCCAUUGCGUGGAUGACGCUCCUCCUACCAAUAACAUUCUUGUUAACAAUCCGCCAGUCAGCGGUUGGUUCUACUAGCUCUAUCGUAAGUGUAAGUCUAUGAACCAAUGGUAUGGGACUAGAUCUAAGGCUUCAAACGUAAUGUUAGCAUAUAAAUGAGAAUACUAUAUUUAAUCGCAUAGAACCACUAGUGGAACCGAGACCCUAAUUACGAUCCGCCCUUUCCCCAUAUAUGAGACACACAUCCAGGCAGACAGACAGAGAGAGAGAGAGCUUGUUAUAUGCAUAUGUAUAUCCAUCAAAUCACAAUCUAUACAAAUACUCUAUAUAUAUAAAUCUAUGUAUAGGAACAAGGGUAAAUGCAAUUUCAUUUUGCUUUCAAUGCUGUGCUUCAAAACUGAGAAAUCGUUUCACAUGAUUAUCGGAUCGUAUAAUGUAUCUACGAGUAUCACACGAUCUCCAUCAUCGAUAUCUAUACAUUAUAUUUGUGCGUUAAACGCUGAUCAAUACACAAGAAAAAACAAACACUCAUGAAUACACA